AUGGCAGGAGCAGCGGCACGUUCUUUGGUGGCCAACAGGUUUGGUGCUACUGGGCUUCAUGCUCACCGCAGCGUUGGUAUUCACGCCUUUCGCUCUAUUCACACAACGGCCACAGCCAGAGCAGCCGGACAAAUUAAUGAUUUUUCCGCACCACCGCCUAUCCCCAAUCCCCCAACACCUCCCACGAGACUUGCCCAGCGCGGAUCAAACCAGCUUAGCCUCGAGACGCCCAACAACAAAGUCGAAUAUGUACUCUCUACAUUGGACAAGAUUGCAAACUGGGCGAGGCAAGGCUCAAUGUGGCCAAUGACAUUUGGUCUUGCAUGCUGCGCAGUCGAGAUGAUGCACAUGGCCGCCGCACGGUACGAUCAAGAUCGGCUUGGUGUUGUCUUUCGUGCAAGCCCGCGGCAGUCAGAUAUUAUGAUUGUUGCGGGAACACUUACCAACAAGAUGGCCCCCGCUUUACGAAAAGUUUAUGACCAAAUGCCUGAGCCUCGAUGGGUCAUCUCGAUGGGCUCGUGCGCUAAUGGCGGAGGGUACUACCACUAUUCGUAUUCUGUCGUUCGUGGGUGUGAUCGCAUUGUCCCAGUUGACAUUUACGUUCCUGGAUGCCCUCCGACAGCGAGGCUUUACUCUACGGCAUGCUCCAGUUGCAGAGAAAAUGCGGAGGAAUCGCAAGAGUACCUUGUGGUACCGCAACACACAAAAGCCAAGUCCCUUUAUAGUACAAACAGAGCACCAGCAAAGGCUGACAUGACGCCCACCGAAAUCGGUAGCCAGACCGGGAAGCCUACGGCUAUGGACGAGGCCGCGUUGAUCCUAUUCCCGGUCAUAUUUGAUGGGGCGUCCGAUCCCCACAUUCGAAUGUUACGGAAGUAG